ACGAAGACGUUUAAUUUACCGUUGAGCUUAGUACGUGCUGGUUUCUCACUCUGGUGUGUUACUGUUAUUACAAUUAGCGUGAGGUAUCCACCAAUAAACCUACAGUUCAUCGCAGGCAAACAACAGAUUUAACCAGAAUGUUGUACAAAAGAUUAUUUUUAUGUUUAAUCCAGUUGUAUUUAUUAACAAUGUCGAGUACAGAAGAUAUUAUCUCGGAAAAUCGUAACGGAUCCGAUACGAUUUUAUCAAGAAGGAAAAGAUAUUUAGUAUUUCCCGAAGGGAGUUCAUUACAAUUAGUUUGUGAAUAUGUAUGGCCGAUAGUUGGUCAACCAAAUAUUUGGGUAUUAGCAAUUUCAGCUGCUUUAGCUUGGCAAUUACCAAGUAAACCAGAACAUUUCGGUUUAUUAAAGAAGUUAAAGAAAGAAGGAGAAAAGCGAAUAGAUAAAUUUACAAAACAAAAUCAAUUAAUUACAUAUCAAAAGAAUCCAAUUUUACCUUUAAUUCCAAACACACCUUUAACGCAACAAAACUUCAUCCCAUGGAAUUACAACACCUUUUACACAAAUACAACUUAUAACCCACCUUGGUAUGCUAAAGAGUGGCGAAAACCGUAUCAAAAAAUCAAAUAUCAAAAGAAACCAUAUUUAUACGAUGAAACCAAUUAUUAUAACCAUCCUUUAUAUACCAGAUUACAUAGGAUUAGUAGAAGAGGAUUAUAUCCCAAAAUAGAACACUUUCUUACAGCGCAAAAGAAAGAUGGCAAAGCAUGUCUGUUAAGGGCACUGUGCGAAGUCAAUAGAUAUCCCGAGGGAAAAGGCUCUUUCAUACAGGAGAUCAUAAAAACCAUAUUCAGGAAUAAACCUAGUCAUGUAGAUGAAGAUAUAGAUGAAUACGAUCACGCUACGUUACACGAAGAAGAUUGCCGAAAAAUGUAUCCAACUUGUACAUACGAUUAA